AUGUCGUUCUUUCAGCAGGCGUUGAGUCGUACGAAGGAGCAGGGAUACCAUCACUGUCCUCCGGUACAAAACAAAGUGGCCCUCUUCUAUAACGAGGCCGGCAAUCAAUUGCCCAAGUUACAUUAUGGACCACAGGCUAUUUUAUUUUUUAUCAAGAGGUUCAAGUUUUUCUUUUUUCUUUGAUUUGUGAUAGAUUAGAUAGAACUUGAGGUGGGUAUUUUUUAGUGGUCUCCGUUUCAGUAGGUGUUGUGAGACUACGUGUGACCUAUGCUAUACCAUGGAUUUGGAGGAAGCCCGUUGUUCUAUAAGUAUUAUAGUUGAAUAUUGAGACUACCAUUCUACUGGCAAGGCUAAGACAAAUCUCAAGGAAAAGUUAACUACUCGCGAUGAAUCUAGUCCUACUGCUCCACAUCAUUAUAGUUGAACUAGUUUCUGGGAGAUGGAAAAAUACGAAAGCCAUCUCCUCUCCUCUGUUCCUCCUCCUUCAUGAGAGAGGCGCAAGCAACCUUGGCGCUGCAGACAAGAAAGAAAAGGCAAUCUUGGAACAAUUCAAAAAAUGGUUAAGGCUUUUUACUACCGUAGAAAUUCACCUCAAGUAGGAUAGAGGCAUUUUUCACCCAUUCAUUGAUUUGUACAUAAUAGAGGAAAUGAUAGAAACCCUCUUUACUAGGUGAAUAACGUUCGGACAUUGAUGUUAAGAAUGCGCAUGCAGUUUAAGCCAACGAAUCACCUUGCAUGACUGCGAGGUAGAGGAAUUCUAUCCUAUCUUCGACCCCUACUUUAUUUAGAAAAACUAAAACUAGCUACUGGCUGCUACACGUCAAAGAUUAUAAGAUGCUUUUCUUUCAGUUUCAAGCUGAAUGUAAUGAAGAUCGCCAGCAACGCCUUACCUCAUGCGAUGAGGAUAAUACAACGUUGAUCAUGCGUCAUAACCCACUUCUAACUUGGUACGAAGUAGAUGGCGAAGGCAGAGAAAAUCGUCUUUACCCCAUCGGCGUUGGCCUGAAGGAGGAUUGUCCCCAAGCACUUGCUACACAAGAUGUUGUGGUAUUAUUACCUGUUUUUUCCAAUGCCAGUUCCACCACUUGGCUGCGAAUAAAUAAUCUUUACGAGAUUGAAUCAUGCCUCUCACUAGGUUAAAAUGGUGGACUCGUACCCGUAUCUUCUUGGCACUUAGGUCACGAUUACAACCAGUUUUGACAAGCUAAUUGGUCGAUGAUGUUGGUGUUGCUUGAAAAUUACCUCUAGCGUGUAGCCCUUCCAACAACAUAUAAUGAAUGAAGAGUCCCAUUAACAGCCCAAAGGCGUAAUGGUGGCCUGGGUGGAGCACAUGAACAACCCAAAGAAUCCACCACUCCACACCAGCCUGCCACUAACGAUUUCGUGAAGAAGCUGUGUACUAUGCAGGACAAUUUUUGCAAGUUGGAAUCGAAAGAUCAGGCUGAAUACUACAAACUUCUUCUCGGCAACGAGCGUCUUCGUGGUCAAAAUUAUGGCAAAGGGUAACUGAGUAUGAUCAGAUGAAAAACACAGUGUAGUUGUAGAGUGGAAGAGCUGUAGGCCUACUUACCUUUACCUUUACCAGGAGGUCACGAAACAACUGUUCAUUCUUCCAAAUACCGGAAGAAGAGUUCUUGUUGCUGAAGAUGUAGUAGACUUGUCGUUGUCCUCUUCAUCGUUUCUUAGCCUUCAUCGUUUCUUAGUCAUAGCUCUUCUCAUAGUAGUGGCAGACCGCAGGUCACGAACGAACUAUUCAUUCUUCUAACUCGUGGAAGAGUUGUUGCUGAAGAUUUGGAAGUAGACUUGUCUUCAUCAACAUUAUUUCUUAGAAGUUUUCAUUAUUUCUUAGAAGUUUUCAUUUAUUCUUAGAAGUUUUCAUUUUUUCUUAGUCACAUUCUAACGCUCGUUUCAAGACACGUUGAAACGCUAUGGCACUUGGAAAGAGGAACUCUUUAUGGAUUACGCCAAAUUCCUCAAGUGGCAAGAGGAGACGGCGGAUGAACCGAAGAAGGAAAAGGAUGCUGAAGUUAAGGCUAUUUGCUUAGACUGACAGUGUUGCUGUUUCCUGCUGCAAAUUGCUAUUCAUUUCUGAUCAUAAUUGUUCUCCUAAUUUUGAUUUUCUUUUUGAAGCCGGUUCAUUCUCCGUCGGCUGAGGCUACUUACUUCCUUCAACCACUGUGGUCUAUUGACGCGGCUUUCAGAAACCUGAUAGAUUCUGUUUACAGUUGAUUUUCUUUGAGAAGCAUCAAUGUAUCUUGGGGUGGGCUUCUUGUUCUAAUAAAGCCAAGGAAGCCAAAGAAGGUGAAGGAGAGGAACAAGGCGAGGCCGAAGGUGGAGAGUUAAGACUCCUCUAAUUAGAAUAGCACUUAUACCCCAUGACUGGGACUGGGUACACGACUACUCCUACUACCACUACUAAUCCUACUCGUACUACUCGCUGCGGUAUUUUUUACAACGACUUCUGAGGGAUAAUCGGGUAUAAAAAUCCUUUACUUUCUAGUCGAUCUUAUUGAUUGAUAGUAGUUUCCUCAGGUAUCUUACUGAUGGGUAGAUGUUGUAGAGUUCGUUGCAUGAGUUUUUGCACUGUUCUUUCUGCUUCAGAGCUCAUGUACUUAGUCGAAGUUCAUAGACCAUAACCAUUUCGUUUUUCGAAGCCUUUUUCUAAUAAAAGGCGAUGACUCAAGCGAGGACGAGGGUGCGGGUGGAUGUUGUUGCGGAUGCUGUUGCUGCUGCAUCAUCAUUCUCAUUGUCCUUCUGCUUGUUAUGGCCUGAAGAUCUACUUCUUGCAAGGAUUCUUGACUACCCAAAACCUCUGUCUGUCUCAGUCUACUGCAUCACGUCAUUUGAAACUAGGCAGCUUGUUGUUUCAAAUGCAUCAACUACUUUCCUCGCACUUCAAUUACUUGUACGUAAAUUUCUCGUUCUCCUACUCCUCAAGAAGACCUUCCAAAACUUUUCUGUCUCGAUCUCAGUCUGCUUCCUCCCUCUAAGGCAACAGUCGGAGGAUUUUUUGGUUACUGGGCCAUGCGAGAGGUGCCGCCGCCAGAGGCUGGACAACCGCCGCCGUCUACUAUGGAUACCAUUGCCGCAGCAGCUGUUGGCCUCUUCACUUGCAGUGACUUCAUGGGUGAUUAUGGAAUGUUCUAAGUUGAUUUAGACUUCUUCAUCUUCCCCAAGGAGAAAUUGCGAUACUUCAGCCUCCCCAAGUAGAACUUGGAAUUGACGAUCUAUUUUUCCCCCAAUGAAUGUUUGACUCUACUUGAACAAGUAGCAAGUAAAACAACCUGAGCAACUACAUCGCAAUUCAAAUUUAUUCACCAUCGUCCCAUUGUUCCCAUCUUUCCAACUACAAUUUCAACAUUCCAAAAUGCGCUCGUUUCUUCCCAUCAUCUUUCUUCCAUACCCACGGCUACAUCCCAACAUUUCCUUUUUCCCAUCUUCAUUCGUAACCUGAAGACCAUGUUGCGGACAAGGAAGCCGCUUUGGGUUCUGCGGUGGUUGAGAAGAAUGGCGUCUUGGUUGAUCAACAAGGUUAUCCUGUCUCUGAUCCCGCUUACGGUGGCAUGAGGUCUAUGCAAUCUGGUUUGGAGUCGACCUACAUUCGCGGUGAGGAAAUGGACUCAACCUAUAUCGAACCGACUGGGGGGAAAAAUUACGAACGGACACUUAAUCUGUUCCUGAUAAUUACUUCAACAACGGACACUUCAUUUUUUAGUUGUGAUAUCUAAGUAGUAAGGCAAAGUUUUGCUGUAGAACUUGAACUUGAUGGGGUAAUUCCGUGAUUCCGUCUAUUUAUCCCUUUCUCAAUCUUCCUCUCUCUCUCUCUCUCUCCAUCUCUCUCUCUCUCUCUCUCUCUCUCCAUCUCUCUCUCUCUCUCAAUCUCCCUCUCUCAAUUUCUCUCUCUCAAUCUCCCUCUCUCAAUCUUCCCCGAAUCAUUCUGGUUCCCGAGAUUGUACCUCGUCCUGACUCUCUCCCCCCAGGUCUCUCUCUCCCCCCAAGAACAUGAUGUAACUCUCUCCCGCUCUAACGGAAGUCGUCGAAAAAGACGGUGAAGACGGAGAGCCUGACGCCUCGUGGUAGCCGCGUCACGGAAACCGCAAGGGCGACGAGAACAACCGAUGCAGAAGGCUUCGCGAAGAAAGACUCAAAGAGAGAAUCCUCCAAAAAGGACAAGCCCUCUCUAUGGUCUGUCAAUUAAGAUCUGAAAAAUUGGAGUCUCCUGCUGUGUUGAGUUUGAGAUGUUGACUUGUUCUUUGGUAGUACGUAGUGUCUGGUCGUGGUCUCCUGUGUUUAAGGGUUGAAACAUUUCAUCUUUACAAGCCUUCUCUACUUGAGACUGCUACUAAAAAAUGAAAUGUUUCAACCUUUAAUGUGUUGAUGGGUCUUGGGCCAUGACUUAAAUAUUAAGUCUACACUGUUGUGCUAAGAACGAUAGCAUAAAAAGAACUUAUUGGUACUGUCAUGUCUUUUCUAGCACUUAUUUUGCUUGUGCCAAGAAGGAACUGUAGAAGCAUACUAAGAACUCUUAUUUGUUGUACUAGUUGUAUCAUGAGUCAGUUGUCAAGAACCACGAGAGAAGCAUAAAAACUCACUUGUCUGCAAAUUGUUACCAUGAGUAAACCCUCUAAUACACGGAUCCGCCGUCGUAACUGACGGAGUCGAUGCAAAUCCAGGAUCCCCUUUGAGGGGAACAUUGAUCAGUUGAGAAGACUGGGAGGUGGUGUGAACGUAGCUAGACUGGAGGUGAGUGAGCGUCUGUCUGGAAGGUGGAGACUGACGUUUGUGGAGACGGGCAACUACUGGUGUGGACGAACGUUUGGGAAGAAUACUAAACGUGAGGUGAACGUUUGGGUUUGAGAAGAACUGAGAUAUGAGUGUAGGAGAGUUUUGUUUGAACUUGAAGUGAGGAUGAUGUUGUGACUAUGAACGCAACAAAAUCUUUCUCAUUCACUAUUAAUUCUUCGUGGAGGUUCUAAAAAUAUCGCGAUUUUCUCUUCGUCCAUGAUAUUUUUAGUUUUUAGUUUUAGUGGAUUCAACAACAAAGAGACUAUGAACUAUGACGAUACUUGUUGUUUUGCGGUACUUACUAGAAGCGGUGUGUGAAAUAUAUCAAUUUCAAACAGACUGAGGUGUUGAAUCAUUCGCUUUGUACUGCUGAAUUAUGUUAUCGUAUUUCGUCAAGAUCGACUAAUAAAAAGAACUAACGAAGUAAGCACUAAGUACCUUCUAUAAGAAUUUAUAUCCACAAUGUCAUUACAACUUAAGACCUAGAAUGCACUUUCCAAGAACAAAAUUUACAUCUAACACGACUCAUUAUAAAUACCAACAGUAUGUCAUCCUGUCAUUAGUAUCGUACUACUUGAACUACAGCAAUAAACGCAAAUAUACAUCUAAACUUCAUUAACAAUUUAUUCAACAUCGCAACGGCAACAACGAACAGCAAUAGCAAUCUUCUGAACAAUUGACUUACAUUUCCUAUCACAAAAUCUGACAUUUGAACUACUCUCUCAAGCACAUCUUCAAAAUGAACAGUUACCAGAGUUCAACGCAAUAAAAGUUAUCUAUUUAGUACAACAACUCGAAAUCCAUGAAAUGCUAGAAGAUCCUUACCUGAAAAUGAUUUGUACUCAGACCCUGAACCUACGACAUCGUACAGCGUGCCUAGUAGACGAAACUAACAAACUAGGUGGCACCAACGAAUUGCACCAGAAGCCGCUAGUAGCACUCUUGCACUGCCAUUCAUUCACAAGAACGAGUGCAACAAUACUAGGUACUAAGUAGUACACUCCAUCAACUGCCCAAGAACUAAGGACAAUCUUCAAAAAUGUUCCUUGUUACAAUAAACACACGUCACUACAUGAAAUAAAGUUAACUUGUAAGAAAAUAGAGACAUCAACAUAAAUGAAUUUCCGUUACAGGAGGUGGAGUAAAGAACUGACAAACAGAGAUGGUCGAAAUUGCAUAGUACCGUCAUCAACGUAUGUUCCCUUGCACAGAAAACUCUGAUUACGCCCAUACCGUUACUUAUCGACGUAGUUAUCAUUUCAAUAUGUUCUUGCAUUUGCAUAUCACAUCAAUCAAAACGACACAUCCCCACUGCCAGUAUGUCAUGCACCGUAGUACUACAAAAUGAUCAUUUAACAUUUGUGAAGUAGAUGAAGAUUUCCCAACGACGAAACCCCUUACAAGCAUAAGGCAGCAUAAAAUUCGUAACUCAAGGUUUGUACAACAUGAGCCGCUCAUCCUCUGACGUAACAAAAGAACCCCAAUAUGAUGAUCCUAUUGAACCCGAAACCAAUGAAUUAAACUCGUCACAACUCCGUUAAGAAACCUCAGGAUACAAAAAUUUGCUACAACAAAAGCACAAUUAUAUCCCUCAGCCCUUUUCUUGACAUGAUCAUCGAUCAAACACACCAGACCUGAUAAUCUUCAUCAAAGACCCCAUCAAAAGACCCCCUCACAGUCACAAGAACCCGGAGAUAACAUUUGUACAUAAAACUAAGCACUACAGAUUCUG